UGUUGGCAAAGGAUUAUCAAGAAAAUCAAACUCCACUAUUUCAGCAUCAUUGGUUUGGUAUGAUGGACAACAUAGUGUUAGGAGCCCUAUUGUUGUAUACUCUAUUUAUAAGGAUUUGUAGUGGUUCUACCUUCGUCGUUGCUUUGUGUUUAUUCUUAACCCAUACAAAUGAUAAUACAAGUCGAAUUAAAUUAGAAAACUUUUUUUUUUUUUUUUGGCUCAAGUUAAUUUUUGCAUCAAUAACGAGUUAUAGAAAUAAAAGUACUAUAUCCGUUAUAGAUUAUGUGCAACGAUUAAACAUCUUCCCUCUUUGCUUUAUGUCAAAUCGUUGCACAUAACCUAUAACGGAGGCAGUAGAAAUAAAUUAAUAACGAGUUAUAGCCUUAUAGGCUAACUUACAAUGAUGAUCAAAUAACAGCAGCAACAAGAAGAGUAAAACAAUCAGCAAAUGUGUAAUGUCUUCCAAAGUUCAAUUAUUCUUCUCCUUCAUCUUCCCUUUCCCCCUUCAAUUCCUCUGCUACUAGAGAGAAAAACCCAAAAAAAUAAUUCAAUUAGAGAGAGUAAUUCAACCCUACAUUUUAAUUAAUCUAAUGAUUUUCUAAGAAAGUUAGCUACUUCCUUUACCUUUAUUAGCUUUCCGUGACUCCUCGAUCGCCCUCUAAACGAUCAAAAUAAGGUAAAGCUUGAAGAUAAGUUUUGCACUCUAUUAAUUUCUCAGUCCCUCUAGUCGGGUGGGCGCCGGCCGAUCUUUCGACCAGAUCCCCUCUUUUAGUAAGCAGCUUGCGGCAGUGGUUUUCUCUUUGAUUUCCGUUCACCUUUUCUUUACUAAACUACCACUUUCUGCUUGCUUUCCGUAGGAGCAUAAUCAUUUGUAGAUUCAAAUAUGUAUCUUUAGUUAUGCAAUAUCUCAUUUUUCACUCCCUAAAUAGGGUUCUUUUCACCUUUCCCUCACGGUCAUUGAGGAAUACUUAGGCUUAGAGGGUGGUCCCCCUUUCUCGCGUAAAAGCGGUGAUCCGUCCUCGCAAAGGCAGAAUAGCGGACUGGCAGAACUUGAGCAAUUUACAUAAAAAAUAAAGCCCAUAUCCCUAUCUUUUUCUGGGAAAACCUAGAAUUUUGUUUUUCAAAGUGUUUUAUUUGGUGGGUAUUUUGUGAAACUUUUCAAAACGGGUUAUUGAGAGAAAGAUCACUGGAACCGGUUGUAUUGGACGAUAUAAUCAACAGGCUAUUGAAUUCGCAGCAACCUAACCUUUUGGAGCUUGAAGCCACUCUCAAGAUUUACGGUUUAUAUUAUAUACAUGGGGUCUACUUCAGAGGAAUACUCUGUUACAUCUGAGUACCACCUUGGUAUCCUCCAACAAGUUUUAGAGGACAAUAUGGCAAAAGAUUUAUUGGUUAGAAUUUACCGGAAGAGUUUCAAUGGUUUUGCAGCAAGGCUAACUGAGAAAGAAAGUGAAAAACUCAGGGGAACGAAGGAAGUGAUAUCUGUGUUUCCUAGUAGAACACUUGAACUUCAAACGACGAGGUCUUGGGAUUUCUUGGGAUUCCCUGAGACAGUGGUGCCUAAAAGUCCACGUUCUGAGAGUAAUCUGAUACUUGGUGUCAUUGACUCCGGGAUAUGGUCUGAAUCACCGAGUUUUAAUGAUGAUGGCUUUGGCCCUCCACCGAAGAAAUGGAAAGGUGUUUGUAAGGGCGGAAAAAAUUUCACUUGUAACAACAAGCUUAUUGGAGCUAGGACUAUUUUUGAUUCUGCGAGGGAUAAAGUUGGUCAUGGAACCCAUACUGCCUCAACAGCAGCUGGUAGGAUCGUGGAUCAUGCAAGUUUUUAUGGACUGGCAGAAGGGGCUGCUAGAGGAGCAGUACCAUCUGCUAGGAUAGCUGCAUACAAAGUUUGUGAGGACUUGACAUGUUCGGAAGCAGAUAUUCUUACUGCUUUUGAUGAAGCCAUUGCUGAUGGGGUUGACGUAAUUACAAUUUCCAUUGGAGGAUCACAUGCAACUGAUAUAUAUUCAGACAGUAUUGCAAUAGGUGCUUUUCACGCGAUGCAGAAGGAAAUACUGACAGUGCAGUCUGCUGGGAAUGGGGGAAAUGCGAGUGGUACUGUAGCUAGUGUUGCACCCUGGUUAUUCAGUGUCGCAGCAAGUGAUAUGGAUCGCCGAAUCCGUGAUAAAGUUGUCCUUGGAAAUGGAAAAACUUUAAUUGGUAAUUCUAUCAACUCCUUUACACUGAAGGGAGACAUGUUCCCUUUGGUAUAUGGGAAACAGGCGUCAAGUUCGUGUGAGGAGCUUGUGGCUGAGAUAUGUACAUCGACCUGCCUAGAUGAAAAGUUAGUGAAGGGGAAGAUAGUAGUUUGUGACAGUACAGAUGGAUCAGGAAUUGGUGAAGGUUUGAGAGCUGGUGCCCUUGGGGUAGUGGCACGAUCGUUUGUUGAAGAUUACUCUCGGAUUUUACCUAUGGCUGCAGUCGAGUUAAAAACCUCUGAUUUUGAAGCACUAAUAUCCUAUCUUAAUUCCACAAAAGCUCCAAAGGCAAACAUCCUAAAGAGUGAAUCCUUGAAUGACACUUCUGCUCCUGUUGUUGCUUCAUUUUCUUCUCGAGGGCCUAAUGGUAUUGCAUCGGAUAUUCUCAAGCCUGAUAUCACGGCACCAGGUGUAGAAGUUCUGGCUGCGUUUUCACCUGAUGCUGAAUUAACUCGUAAUUAUAAUGAUUCAAGAUCAGUUAAUUAUUCUGUAUUAUCUGGAACAUCCAUGUCUUGUCCUCAUGUAGCGGGUGCAGCUGUGUAUGUGAAAUCAAUUCAUCCUGAUUGGUCUCCUUCAGCUGUUAAAUCUGCUUUGAUGACUACAGCGCGUCCUAUGAGUACUCUGAAGAACCCAGAUGCUGAAUUUGCUUAUGGAUCAGGGCAUCUUAAUCCUGUGGCAGCUACAAACCCCGGACUUGUUUAUGAAGCAACUGAAGAUGAUUAUAUUCAAUUUCUGUGCAAGUUAGGUUACACCAAAGAUGACAUAACUCAAAUAUCGGGCAAGAAGAGUUUCUCCUGCCCGAAAAAGAUUUUGCCACCAAAGGAUGUUAACUAUCCUACCAUUUCUGCCGCGGUUGAUGCUGAUAAACCUUUAAAUGUCAAGUUCUAUAGAACAGUUACUAAUGUUGGAGUUGCAAAUUCCACCUACACAGCAAAAGUUGAAUCAGCAAAGAAUAUAAAGGUUACAGUGAAUCCGAGCUCUCUUUCAUUCACAUCAUUGAAUGAAAAGAAGUCCUUCAAUGUGACUGUGGUUGGUGAGGGAUUAUCUAGUGGCUCUCAUAUUUCUGCAUCACUGGUUUGGUCUGAUGGAAAUCAUAUUGUUAGGAGUCCUGUUGUAUUAUACAGUAUAUAGUCAUUCUUCGUAUCUCCAACAUUGACCUAUAGAACGACUCAAUGAUAUAUCGAGAAUAUAGAACAUGUACUGCCUAUGAUUGUAAAAGUGUUUGUCCCAUUUUAAUAAGAGCUGAGCAGAUUAUAUCCCA